UUGUUAUGCGUUCACAGCGAUUAGCGCUUUUGCUAAAGUGCUACAGUCAUUUAGGUAAAUAUAUGCUCAUACACUUCAUGUUUCGCAUUUAUUUAAUUUGCGGAUGAAUAAGAAAUGAAAAGUGUGAAAUUGCGGAUUCUCGCGACUCGCUUUUUUUUGUAGAAAUUAUUUGUUAAAAAUUUCAGUUCAGUUCGAUCGGUUUAGUGCAGUUAGAUGGACGUUUGCUUUUAAAAGUGAUAUUGAAAAGGAGAGUGAUAUUAAAGAAAUAAAAAAAAAAAUAAUAAAAUUUAUUCAAAUAAAUUAAAAGUUAAUGAUAUUAUUCAACCUAAGCAAAUGAUGCCGCUGUUGCCACUUUAUGGGUGGCUUCUUUUGUCGUUGAUUUCGCCACAAAUAAUAAAUGGCUUUAAUGUACUGUUUAUGGGUCCGUUUCCGGCACCCAGUCACUGGCUAUGGCUGGAACAUUUUCAAAAAGAUUUACUCAAACGUGGCCAUCAUGUGACUUCGGUUAAUAAUUUUCCGGCUAAACAGCCGCAUCCGAAUUUAACGGAAAUUAUAAUCGAUCCGAAGUUCGAUAUACCCUACUACUUUCCCAAAGCACAUAUAUUCAAUAUGCGUUUCGCUAGUGAUUUUCAAAAUCUACAAUUAUGGUGGCACGUUGGCAUGACGACAACAGAGCAUGCGUUGAAUGAUUCGAAAAUAAAAAAAUUGAUCGCGAGUAAAGAGCAGAAAUUCGAUUUACUAAUAUUGGAGCAAUUCUUCCAUGAAAGCUUUUUGAUGUUUGCUCAUAAAUUUCAAUGUCCGAUUGUGACCAUCGGCACUAUGGGCUAUGCCGAUAAUAUGGAUCAUAAUAUGGGCCUAAUAACGCCAUGGUCAAUAAUACCGCAUUUGGUUUUACCGCACACGGAUCGUAUGACCUUCUCGCAAAGGGCUUACAAUACGUACUUGUCGCUCUAUGAUUCGCUAAUGAGGAAAUGGGUUUAUAUACCAAAAAUGCAAGCAAUGGCCGAGAAACAUUUCGGUCCAUUUAUAGAAGGUCCGUUGCCUUCGGUGAAGGACUUGGAGCGUAACAUAUCUUUAAUGCUUAUAAACAGUCAUCGUAGUGUUGACCUACCGAGACCCAGUAUGCCCGGUUUAAUAGAUGUGGGAGGUGCUCAUAUCAUGCCAGCUCGGCCUUUACCUACAAAACUACAGAAUUUUCUGGACGAUGCCUCACAGGGCGUUGUGUAUUUCAGCUUAGGUUCUUAUAUGAAAAGCACUGAUAUGCCAGCCGAAAGAACUGCUACUAUAUUGCAGGCAUUUAGUCAAUUAAAGCAGAAGGUUUUGUGGAAAUAUGAGAACGAUACCAUUGGCAGUUUACCUUCGAAUAUAAUGAUUCAGAAAUGGUUGCCACAAAAUGACAUUUUAGCUCAUCGUAAUGUGAAAAUUUUCAUAACACAUGGUGGCAUCUUUGGCAUUCAAGAAGGCAUUCAUUGGGGUAUCCCGAUGCUAUGCAUACCCUUGUACGGCGAUCAACAUCGUAACAGCAUUAAGGCUGUUCGGGGAGGUUAUGCUCGCUCCUUGGUUUUCUCACAAAUGUCGUCGGAGGAUCUAGUGAAUAAUAUCAAUUUGCUAAUAAAUGAUCCACAAUAUAAACGUAAAGCUGUAGAAGUGUCAAAGAAGUUUCGUGAUAACCCCAUUCAUCCUUUGAAAGAGGCUUCCUACUGGAUUGAAUAUAUCGUACGACAUAAGGGUGCACCGCAUCUUAAAUCAUAUGGUACUUAUAUACCGUUAUAUCAGUAUUUACUAUUGGAUGUCUUCGCAUGUGCUUUGCUUGUAGUAUUCGUGGCUGUUUGGUUACCGUGGAGACUAAUCAAAUUCCUUAAGAAAUUAAGAUCAAAGGAAUCUAAUGCAAGACUGGAAAAAUUAAAAAAAAAUUAAUGUAAAUAAAUAAAAGU